UGCUUGUGGUGAUGCUGCUGUUGUUGGCUUACUGAUUGUGCUGCUGUUGCUGUUGCUGUUGCUGGCUGCCCUACUGCUGGUGGUUGUGCUGGCGCUGCUGUUGCUGGUCUACUGUUGUUGUUGGCUUACUGAUUGUGUGGCUGUUGCUGUUGCUGGUCUACUGCUGUAACUUGUGCUGUUGCUGUUGCUGGCUUGCUGAUGGAGCUGCUGUUGUUGUUGCUGGUCUCCUGCUGUUGCUUGUGGUGAUGCCGUGCUGUCACAGGUACUGCCUGAUGAGCGUCGGUGGCUGCUACACAGAUUUCCGUAUCGACUUUGGUGGCACAUCCGUCUGGUAUCAUAUUCUCAAGGGUGGAAAGGUUUUCUGGCUGAUUCCUCCGACCCCAAUCAAUCUUCAGAUCUAUGAGCAGUGGGUGUUGUCGGGUAAACAGCAGGACAUCUUCCUGGGUGACAUGGUCGAGACGUGUGCCCGUGUCGAAUUGAAACCAGGCUGGACUUUUGUCAUUCCUACUGGCUGGAUUCAUGCAGUUCACACUUUCUGCACAGUUUCAACAUAAGCGGUCAGCUUGCCGUGGCGGACAUUGGAGAAACUACUAAGAUACGGACGCAGCGAAGCUCUCUCCUGCGCCCGCAUGCGCCGAGAUCCCACUGCUGUCAACGGAUGACACUGCAGCCCAGUCGCCAGCGACGGCGGCAGCUGCUCCUGCUGCUGCUGCUUCGUCAGGAGAUGGGAACAGCUCACAAGGCGGCAGGCCACCUCCAUCACCUCCAUCCUGCCUGCUCUCGGACAUGGCCUGUCUCAGCUCGUAUGAGAUUGAUGGCUUGCGACGGCUGCUGGUCGAGCUGAACGUUUCCACGACGAUGGUGAGGGCGUGUCCCGAGGAGCUGGGUGAUCCUGGGGAGCUCAUGUCGACCGUGGAGAUUCUGUUGAACGAGUAUGAAAGCCGGUUUCGCGAGGACAAGGCCACUGGACAUUUUAUGCUCAUACCGGGAAUACAAUCUGAGAAUCUGCGUGUGUCGCCCGCACCAAUACCUGACAACAUUGUGGAAAUAGUUGCAGUUGAAACAGAGAUUGUAUGCAAGUCCUCAGCUGCUACUGCAUCUCCAAGAAAGACAGCAGGUAUAUCAUCUCGUGACGACCACAUUGAAGUCUGAAUUUGAAGUGCGAAGAUGCUUCAGCAACCACAUCGUACUUUUCCAUUGCUUUCAUUGUGCUUCUACUGUGCAUGUGUGUAACUUGUGGGGUAUACAUGUGAUGACAUUGUAUGCUGGCGACACGGUCAGAUUUUGUCCAUGCGUGUAACGUACACCUGCAUGUUAUGCAUCGAAAAGGAUCUGCCACUUGCAAUCCUGGGACAAGUAUCAGGUCAGCUUUGUUUUGUGUGGGCUGCACCAGAUUGCUGUUCACUUUUCUAUCUGUUGGAUAUGUGACUUUCUGCAAGUCUCUGGUGUAUGGUGGCCACUUCUUUGCUUGUCACUUUGUAUGAUAUUACAUUCUGUAUUCGCUGCUUCCAUGGCGUGGUCUCUGCAAACUGCAAUCCUUGGGCAAAUAUCAUGUUUGCUAUGUUGUGCUUUGGCCGUCAGCUUGUCUACACGUUGUAGUUGAAUUAUUUUGUUCCACAACUGACUUCCUGAAGUACGGUGGCCACUGCUGUGCAUGUCAUUUUA